AUGGAACAAAUUAUUGCUCAAUUGUCUCAAGCGUUAGCUGAAAAUCAAAUUCAAAAUCAAAGAGAAUUAAACCAAAUGGUUCAAGAAAUGACUGCGCAAAUGGUUCGCUCUGUUGAGAUGGUAAAUACUCAUGCCCAAUCCGUCAAUAGUGGUCAAAAUUUAGUCGCUUCCACUGUCAAAAUUCCAACAUUUUAUGGUAAAAGAGACUCAACAACAGUUAUGUCAUUCCUUUCAAGUUUGAACUUAUCAUUUGAUAUUAGUCGUGUCACUUCCGAUUCGAAGAAAAUUAUGCUAUUAGGUGCUAAGUUAAUUGGUGAAGCUCAAAUUUGGUUUAACAAUUUGGUUGGGAAUGACUAUGAAAAUUGGUCUUUUGAUGCUGUUAUUAAGGAAUUUAAAGGUAGAUUCUUGCCAAUGAAUUCUCAAUUAGAGGCAAGAAAGAAAAUUAAAAAUAUUCGUCAAGAAGGUUCUGCUGAAAAAUACAUUAGAUAUUUCAAUUCAUUAGUUGCUCUACUUCCAGAUACUUUUAAUAAUGAAGAGAUUCUGUUAGAAUUCUUCUUAGAUGGUCUUAAAGAUGAUAUUGAGUUUGAACUCAGAGCAAAGAACGUUAUGGAUUUGAAUGAAGCCUUCAAAUUAGCUUUAACUUUUGACGAUAUCAAAUUAAAAGGGAAAAGAAAUCAUUUAAGAAACUAUGAACCUUCAAAAUAUAAUAAUUAUGAUUCCCCUAAUACUUACAAUAGGUUCAAUAAUGCUGGUCAUAAUGAUCACCCAGCUGAUAGAAUGGAUUUGGACGCUUUAGAUGUCAAACCAAAAAGCUUAGAGAAAGAAUCCUCUUCUAAGCGCAAUAAUGAGGUAUAUAAAGAAGAAAGAUUAUUCAAAUUAGAAAAUAACUCUGAAAAGGAAUCAGAGUCGGAAUUAGAAAAAUCGGAAUUAGAAGAUUCAGAUCAAGAAGGAUUCUCAUCAUACUACACUGAAAGUGAACCUGAAUCAGUAUCAGAUCAACAAUUAUCAGAAGAAUCAGAAGAAUCAGAAACCGAAGAAUGUCUCAGUAUUAAGUACAUAUCAACAAAAGAGACUAUUCAAUCCAAAGAAGGUCUACUAGAAGUAGAUAAUGCUGAUGCAAUUGAAUUAAAAGCCCAAGUACUAGGUUCCAAAACUAUUUUAAAAGCCCUGAUUGAUACGGGUGCUACAAGUUGCUUUAUAGGCGAAGGUCUCGUUAAAGAUAUUAAGUUCGAAGAUCGUAUUAAGGAUACCAAGGAUGUUACUAUUAGGUUGGCUGCAGGUAAUAAGACAGUUACUGCAAAUAAAGGUGUACAAUUACCGUUAAGAAUAGAUUUCGGUAAAAUCAAGUUAGAUUUAACGGUUCAAGCCUAUGUUGUCCCCAAAUUAAGAAAAGAAUUCUAUUUAGGUAUUAAUUUUGUCAAAAAAUUUGCCAGAUAUAUUGACUGGGGUAAACCAGAAGAGGUUUCAGAACCUGAAUGGGAACAAGAAGCGUUGUUUUCAAUAAGAACUAAUCCCACUGAGUCACCAAAAGAUGUUAAAAAAUUAGAAAUAAAAGAAAAAAGCAGUAAAGAACAUCACAAGGUCAAAAGAAGACCACAUACUAUUACAAGUCCAGUUAUGCUAAGUGUGUCUGAAACAAAACAACACAAACUACAAUUAAAGAAUUCUGCUGAAGUUAAUCAAGAUAGAUUAAAGGUUAUAAAUGAUAAAACCACUAAUGAUCAGGUUUCAAAGAAUAAAGAUCCAGAUAAAACACCAUUCUUACUUAAAAGAAAAUUAUCCAUGGACGACAAUACGUCAUUUAAUCAUCAAAGGGUCGACAAAUUACCAAAUUCAGUCGAUUUUGAUGCUACUAAAGAUGAUAAACAAGUUGUUUUACGAGAUUCACAUGCACCCGACGCUGAUAAACAAAUAGUUUUGCAUAAAUCAUCGAACGAUAAGAGAUUAUGCUUAGAAUCUGCAGGCAUUGAAGAAGAAAAUGUGAUCAAAAGUCAAAAUUCCAAGGGUUAUAAUGCAAGAUUAGUACAAAUCUAUGCAGAUGACGUUAUAUUAUACAUCCCUAGGUCCCAGAAUCAUUCGGUAAAUGUCCCAGAAGUUUUAGGUGCAUUACAAAACAAACAAAUUAUUGAUAAAGAAGAUGAAAAUAAUUCAUUUAACCGUGAAUUAGAGUUUUUAGGUGGUGUUAUCAACAAGAGAGGUUUUAACCCUCCUUCAGAUGAUAAUCCUAGAAGUCCAGAAGUAAAACCACAAGCUAAUUUUGCUAUAAUUGUGCCUAGGUUAUCAGAAAGUUUCUUCGUUAAUAUCAAUCCAGGAGAAAAUGGUUAUCCUACAUCAAAAUUUACGAUAAAACCGGUUGUCAUCACUGAAAAUCCAUCAAAUAAUACAAAUAUUAAUGCAGUUAAUGCUGAAUUUGAUUCAAAUAAGUCAUUAGUACAUAUUCGUACAGAAACAAUGGUGCCAAAUCUGUCAAUUAUCAAUCAAUUAUUGUUAUAUCGGUUAAUUAGAUCAUCAGAUCCCAUGUCUCAACUUAAUAAGGACAGACACCGGGACGUGUCUUUUAAGGUCGGGGGUAACAUACUCGCUAUAAAUUCAAAUGUUUUAAACUCUACAAAUUAUUUAAAGCUAGUACCGGUACUCCAAGGUCCUUAUAGUUUGGUUAGAUUAUUCUAA